CCGUAUGUUUUGUGCAUCUACCAUGCAUAGAUGCAGCUGUGCACUGAGCAAGGCGAGGAUGCCCAGAAUGCUGAGACGACGGAGUAUAUCAGUGCAAAGCAGUAAAAUGUUGGCCAAAAACAACCCCUCUUUAGUGCCCUAUGAUACACACAACCUCCACAAGGCACUGGUGGGUGCUGGAUUUUCAGAGGAACAGGCAGAAGUAAUGAACAAUCAGUUAAAAUCAGUUGUGGUAAGCAGUACAGUGAACUACGAGGAGCACUUCUCACAGCUGGACUCUCUGGCUGAGGAUUUGACUCGGAAGGUGGCGAGGAUAGAGCAGCUGGAAAAGGAAGUGGCUCUGCUGGAGAAGGGCACUGUGCAGGUGCUGAGGUCGGAGAACCAGAAACUCACAACCGACAUCAACGCAUUCCACUCCAUACUCAAGGAAGACUUACAGAAAAUUCGGAAUGACUUGCAGUUGGACUUUAAUCUACAUAAGAGCUGGACCAAGUCCGCCUUGACGGAACUGGACAAAGAGGUUAGCCGUCUCUCCAACCAUAUCGAGAUCAAAGCAGCUGAUCUUGGUGCGCAGCUGGACAGGAACAAGAUGGAGAACCUCAAAUACCAGACCACACUAAUCUUUAGUGCAAUAGGAGUCAUCAUGUCUGUCGCAUUCGCUUUUUGGAGGAUGUUUGGAAAAUGACUUUGAAAUAUCUUUUCUCUAAUUUAUUAUUUUUAUGAAUUUACAGUUUUGUUAGAACGUGGAUUCAACCUGACAGUCUCUGACAGUGCUAAUGAGUGAUUUAGUGGUCGCAAGAUUUGGAUUAGGCAAUUUCAUUGUGCGGCAAAACUUAUAAUACAGAGAAAACGUACGAGAGCUUAGAGCUUAGAUCAUUUGACAUUUAACGAAUUUUAACUGAACAUGGUCGCUGCCUAGUUUUCGAUUUAAUGCGAGGAUCCCAUGUCGAGUUCACACAGCCAUAAUGGUUUCUGCUGCGAUCACAUGAGAAGUGACUCUUUUGCACAAACAUUGGAUGAACUAAGUUUUGAAAGAAGUAUAUGUGGGGCUGCGGCUUCUAAUGAUUUUGAGAGAUUGAAAAAGAUCAUUGAAAAAAGACAGACGGCUAACAGUAAAAAUGAGGAUAUCGUGAAUAUUACGGACAGCUACGGAUAUACAGCUUUGGGCCUUCAAAAACAGCAUUGGGGAUGUGUGAGACUUCUCUUAUCUCAAAUGAAGCUGAUUUCAAUCGGGGACUGUGCAAUAGCACUGAAACACAAAGAG